AUGAAUAAAGAGGAAGACGGUGGUGUAGUCAAUACGGCAACAUUAAACUCGGAAUCAUUAAACUCGCAGUUUUCUACACAAGAUAAAGCAGAUGUAGUCAUCGGUACGUGGAACAGAGAGGAUAAUGGAGGGUGGAUCUUCGAGCAUGACCCAAUGCUUCCACGAAAGACCAUACAGCUUCAAUCCAACCUCUCUUACACUGCGCUUGUCUCCAUUGUCAAAGGAACACUUAAUCUGCUAGCCAAAAACAUAUCAAUCAAGCUGGCGUAUCAGUACCCACAGUGGAUGUCAAUCGAUGAUGGCGAUGGAUCCACCCCACAGUACAUAACGGAUGAUCACGAAGUGGAGGUUUUUGUCCAGAUGCGUCGCCACGUGGAGGAAGUAAACCUAUGCGUGACGGUAACACGUCAUGUUGGAGCUAUGAUGCCGAACUCCGAUAGGAUACGAUGUAGUCAGCUUCCUCCAGCCUUGACGGCACCUGAAGAUAAUGUGAUAGGAGCUCAGUCAGACAAUGACGGAACAGAUGAAGAAUGGCAUCGGUUUGCAAUUUCAGAGACUCCUCUAACCGCACCGCAGGAAACGGCACCUGAAGACGAUUCGCAAGUCGUUCCGACAAUCGGAGGUGGCAAGACUGUCCCAGGACGGAAGAGAGUCAGGACAAGUGGAAUAUCUAUUCGAGAAAUCGAACCUGUUACACGUCUAGCUAAAGCCGCAUGUGGACCUCAUGAUAAAGGAAAGGCAAUUGCAUCUGAUGACGAUAGCGAAUAA